ACAACUCCCCCUUCCCCCUCAGAAAAACUGACGAACCUCUCCAGCGCGACGCUGCAUCACGCCCAUCCCGUCGGCAGCAUAAGAUAACUGUAUUCAUCGAGACUAUUAUCGUACACUGACGAACAUCGUAUUUCGCCUUCGAGGACCGCAAGAGUCCGACCGUGGGUGAAAUCAAAUCAAGUAGUAGACCGUCGACGGCUCCUGCCACUUGAAAAUUCUCCUCUGUGACCUCCUUGGGACGACUCGUCAAAAAAGGCGUCGCACGCUCUGUCCGUACAAAGUAGAGAGUCAUCCAAUUCAGGAACUCGAUCCAUUCGUACCUUUAGAGUGCUGGACACAUUGCCGUCGCGCGACAUCUUGGGAUAUCUACCUUAUUUCUGCCUGCGCGGUCUGUAAACCAAAAUACACACAAAAAGUUGUUGAUCGAGGGAAGGAGCGACCGGACGUACCUGCCUGAUUUUACUCUAGGAAAGAGCGUGGCACUCUUUUACUCUUGACUACUUCCACUUCCCGGACGUCGCGUACCUCCCCGCGCCCUCAGUAAACCUCUUCUUGAACAACCCUUCUUGCAGGCCGCAAAGAGCAAAAAAAGAAGCCCUAGCUACUGGCACUUCGUCUGUUUUGCUUCGAGCCUGCCCACCACAAUCCAACCAAACUAUCUACCUUCUUCCCAAUCGUACUUCGCUCGCAGACAAACUCCUGAGGAAAAACACCACAAUCGCCAUCGCCAUAUCUUAGUUGCCAGCGAGCGCCCUGCAGAAUGGCUGCCCCGACUUCUGCCGCCGCUGCUGUGGCGGAGCUAGAAGCCGCCCUCGAACCCAUGCAGAAUUACAAGGCUCCUGGUGUCACCGCCAACCGCAUUGCUAAUAUCACAACCAUCUGUGUCGACAACAUUCAGAAUGAGUCGGUUCUCAUCCAGAAACUGUAUACCACGUUCAAGAAGUUUUCUGCUCCUUACAAGCUUGGAGUCUUAUACGUGAUCGACUCUGUGAUGCGCAAGUGGCUUGACCAAGCCAGAGUGUCCGGCCAGCCUGUUGAUGGUUCUGCGAAAGAUGGAACCUUUGGCGCUGGUUGUCACCGAAUUACCGGUCUCAUGCACACCCUCAUCAGUGACAUGGUGCAGUUGCGCCUCGAAGGCCAAAAGGAGAAAUUGCUGAAGCUGCUCGAGAUAUGGCGUAGAGUUGCCACUUUCUCUCCUGAUGUCCUCGAUGAUUUCCAGCGGAAGAUCGAAUCUUCGCCUGACCCGAGUAUGUCACCAUCCCACCAGAUGAUCAACAAGCUUCAUCGCUUCCCUUGUGCUAGCCUGGGUUCACAAUUUGCUGACUCCUCUGCCCGUUCAGUUCAGUCCUACACGCCUGAGGGUAGUCCCCCACCAGGCUUGGUCGAGGCCAUGGGCUACAGAUCCAAAUCCGCGGCUCCCCCGGCUGUUCAGCCCCGUCCUGCUGAUGCCAAUAGCAUCAUCGCCAAUCUGGCCAAACUUACGCAGUCCGUCCAGAGCCAGCCUCAGACCCAGAGCUACGGCCAGCCGCAGAAUAGCCAGAGUCAGAGUAAUGGACAUGGCCAGAACUUCAACCAGGGUCACAAUUAUGGCCAGGCCCAUGGUCAUAUCCAGCCUCCCGCCCCGGCUCAGACUCAGACCCCCGCAGUGCCUCAGAACUUGCAGGACUUGCUCUCUAGACUCCAGAGCUCUACACCACAGCAGCAACAGCAGCCGCCGCCGCCGCCUCCUCCAGCUCCUGCCGUCAACCAGUUCCCCCAGGCUCCGUACUCUAUGCCUCCUUUCCCUGGUGGUCCCCCUAACCCAGCGACUCCGUACGCAUACGCUCAAGGCCAGCCCCAGGCUCCUCCUGUUGGUCUGCCGUUCCCAGGAGCUAGUUCUCAGCCUCCUCAGGGAGUCAAUGGUCAGCAAAUGGCUCUCAUGCAGAUGUUUGCCAAUUCGGGAUUCACCGCGGAGCAAAUUGUCGCAGCACUUGCGGCUGCCAGCAACCAAAACAGCGCUGCUCCUGCGGGACCGCCUGUACCCACGCCCUCAACCACAUCUACUCCACUCCCCAUCGCGGCCCAGAGUUACUACGGCAGCGGUCAGGGAUGGGGCGGUCCUGUUCAGCCCAGUAACACCAGCGAGGGAAAUGGCUACAUGCGCACCUUACCUGGAGCUGGAAAUGGAAGCAAAUAUGAACGUACAACCCGGUCUAGAUCGCCUGGCCGCCGUUGGAACUCGGGUGGUUCUUCUCACGACCGCGACAAUGGCUACGACUAUGGACAUCGCUCCCCCGAUCGAGGCCGUCACGACAGUAGAGACGGUCGCUAUGGUAGCGAGUACCGCCAGCGUAGCCCCCAUGGAAGCCACAGUGCUUCUCAAGGUGGUCAUGGUGACUCGCGCCGUGGUUCGGAUGCCAAGUGGGUUGAGUAUGACCGUAACUUGAAGCCUGGACACAUCAAGGUUCUGAGCCGCACGCUGUUCGUCGGCGGUGUCAACCAGUCUGAGCACGAGCUUCGUGCCAUCUUUACUCGAUUUGGCCAGGUUCAGUCUUGCAUCGUUAACAAGGACAAGCGACACGCCUUCGUUAAGAUGGUCUCCCGCGAGGAUGCCGUUCGUGCCAAGGAUGGCAUGGAGAUGCGUGCCAAUGGCAGCAUGCCGCAGAACGAUGACGAGUCGCAGCUGAGAACCCGCUGGGGCGUUGGCUUCGGUCCGCGCGACUGUAGCGAUUACCGUACGGGUGUUAGCAUCAUUCCUAUCAGCAAGCUUACAGAGGCUGAUCGCAAGUGGAUGUUGACUGCCGAGUAUGGAGGCAGUGGCGGUAAGCCCAUCGAAGAGGGUAUGGUCGUGGAGGAGCCCGAUAUCGAGAUCGGCAAUGGUGUUUCCUCCAAGGCCAUCAGCCGCCGCAUGCAGACCGACAAGAGCGGCAACCACGGACCUCGCUCUACUCGUGGUGGUGGACGCGACGACAGCCGCGAGGACCUCGGUCGCUGGCGCCGUGGCCGCGACCGCGACCGUGACCAGCGCCGUGACGACAAGAAGUUCUCUUCGGCCAACUCUCAGCCGCUUCCGCAGCAGUUCCCCUACGGCAUCGGUACCUUGCCCAACGGCAUGCCUGCGUACCCUCCCGGCUUCGCGUUCCCGGCCGCCAAGGACAACUGAGUGUUUCUAUCCUCCGCGGCCUCUCGGAUCCGCUGAGCGUUGUAUAUGGAAGGGGGUAUACUUUAUUUGCUUCUGCAUUUCGACGUCCUUUUGGACCCUCGCGAGCUUUGGCCUUUGGCCUGCGAUAAUCAUGGAUGUGUGCAUUGGGCCGGCGUUCAUAUGGGGGAGGUAGCUGGGCAAGGAUAUCAAGGAGAGAAAAGGAAAUACCCACACCAAAAGUAACUGAGCUCAUUUGGAGAGGAAAGGGGGUGGAUCAGGACUUUUGUUUUUUCGAUACCCCGCGCACUAUGAUGCUUUAUCGUAUCGUAGUCUUGCUGGCUUUUGGGCUUCAAGGGUUUGGUAAACUGGUUCUUGGUUGUAGGGUGAUUUUUCACUCGAACUCCCGUUGUAACGUAGCAAAAAGAAAAGGACCGUUUGAGUCUACAUCUGGUUCCUGAACCUUGGUGAUACCCUGGUGAUUUGGAUAUUGACAGUAGUCCGC